AGGAAGGAAGGACGGAGAGGGCAGCGGGUGGAGAGGGGGCUGGGAGGAGGAGCGGGGAAACCCGUACAAGUCGUCACACAGCCGACGGGAGGCCUUUGCCCGUCAUGACCUGGAGAGGCACACCACGGCCACUGUGGUCCCCGAGCUGUAUCAUCAUCUGUGGUACCGCAAGGACACCAUGGCUGACCGCCUUGUGGCCAACAUCCCGCACACACUUGUCUUUGUCAACCACGCCCUCGCCGAAUGGUACUUUGUCUCGCGAUCCGGCGCAGUUCUCCGCAAGAACGCCGACAAGCUGACCCUGGCCCAUGCUCUGGAAGCACUCCUGGCCGUCCACGCCACUGCGAAUGGGCCAUCAGGUCUUGCUCCGCCGCCGACGUCAUCCAUGGCUCUGCGAUCAGGUUCGGUCACAACCUCGACCGCGUCCAAGCAGAGGCUCAGAAGCGAAGUCGGCGACUUGCCGGUGGUCGCCACCCUGCUCAUCCCCUCCCACUCGGAUCCUACCCAUGUCACCGUCCGGCACUUUAAUGUUCCACAGCUGCGGACGUACCUCCGCGACGACCGGCCCGAGUCCAAGCCGCGCAUCGGUAUCCUGCAGGCUUUUGUCCGGCCAUACGGCAUCCAUAACGCCGUCUCGCGGGUCACUUUCACACAGAACGACGCCGUGGUUGACGUUCGGGUCAACACUGCUCGCUUCCGCGACUCGCUGGUUCCGGUUGCCGACCGGCUGGCCGCUUUUGUGGGUCCAAGCUACAUGUCGCAGGUUGAUCCGUCCCAUCUCUCGUGCUCACCGGCGCUCAUUGCCGCCACCCGCGCCGAGGCCAUCCGCAUUGCCCGCCACAUGGAGGCCUCGUCUGCCCAGGGCUACAUCAUCCGCAAGAUGUGCUUGUACUUUAAGAUAUCGCACACUGGAGAGGUCUGGUUCCUUUACGGCGGCAACGUGACUGUCGAGCGGACCGCGCCGCCGCCAGCUCGGCGCCUCCGUGGGACAGCCAAGCCGGGGCUUCCGGCGUCAAUAGGCGGUGCCUCGCUCGCCCGCAAGCGGCAACUGGUCAACCGCCGCAAAAUGGCGAUCCGCGCAGAGGCCAAGCAGCGUGCCGCAUCCAAGUACCGUUCGGCGUCCAAGAGCAUUCUCGACUCGGCUCGUACGCCGCUCUCCAGAGUCAACUCGGGCAUCAUCAAGCUCUCACCGAGCUUGCUCACGCCGUCGGCGUCAGACGCCAACCUACUGCGGGAGCCUGUGGCAGUCAUUGAGGCCUCAUUAGACUCGCCGGCACGGCGGGCCAAGUCUGCCAGGCGCUCGCCGUCACUGCAAGCGGUCAACAACCUCAUCCGCAAGCGCAAGUCGUCGCUCCAUGUUCAGCUCCGAGAAAAGUCUGUGGCUUCGUCCAAGCUUCAUCUUCUUGCCUCGCAAGCCUCGCACGAGUCGCGGAUCAAUGACUUUCUCGACAAGGGGGGCAGACGGCGGCGAAGCGCAAAACCGGCCUCCAAUGCCACCAAGGCCAAGCGACUGGCGCUGGCCGAUCUGACGGGCUCAGACUCACCCAAGGCCACACCCGGCGGCAGCAACACUCACGACGUGCUUGGUGCGCUUCCGAUGCGUCGGAAGUCGGAGCGUGGCGUGUUGGCGCGUUCGCAGUCGACGGGUGGACACGAGCUGCACCUUGGGGACGCAGAGGCACAUGCUGAGGCGCGGGAGCGCGAGGAGCUCGAUAAGGAAGCCGGGCUCCUCCGCGAGAUCAUCGUGCAGCUGAUGCGUGACGUCAAGACGGCGCAGCAGGAGCGGUACAGGGUGGAGCAAGAGGUGAUAGCCAAGACAGUGAUGCUUCAGAAGCGCAAAGCGACGCGGCAGCGGUUGGAGCACGAGCUGGAUGCGGCGACGCUGGUGCGCGGACGGGCGGCGACGCCCCGUGCCGGCAUCGGCGGCGACAACUCGCUCCCGCGGGUUGAGUCGACUGUCAUGUUUGUGCCCCGGGCCGGGGUGGGAACCCAUCAAGUGUAUUGGUGAUACCGCUGCUGGUGAGUCAGGAAAGAGACGACUACUCAAAAGCAGCGAGCAGGGUAUUGACAUAAAUACCAAGAGUGAUGCC